UUCAAUUUUUGAACUAAUCUAGACAAAAAAGUUUAUUGUAAUCAUUUAUUAUUAAAAUGAGGGACUGUAGACGUAAAAAGAUUCGACCAAAGUUGUCUGCACACCGGAAAAAACCUCAUAAUUUAAAUAAUUUAAGAAAAUUAAAUACCAAUGAACCUUCAAAAGACUUAAUUAUUGAUCAGCCACACCGGAAUUGAAGGUAACGAAAGAGCAGACAUGAUGGCAAAACAAGCAACCAGUGAUCAAACCAUCGAAAUAUUGAACUUGCUUUCUAAAAAUGAUCUUAAAAGAGAAGCCAAAAAUAUCAUAUCAAACUUAUGGCGUAAGGAAUGGCAUUUUCUGAGGGACAACAAAUUAAGAGAGAUUAAACCCAUCACCGAUAGAUGGAUUAACCCAUCAAACAUAACUAGACAACAAGAAGUAAUUCUAACCCGCUUAAGGAUUGGACACUCCUGGCAUACCCACAAACACCUCAUGGACAAAACAGACUCAGAACCAUGCAUCACCUGCGGAUCCAAUAUCUCCAUCAAACAUAUCCUUUUAGAAUGCCGCCAAUUUAAUGAAGAAAGAACUAAACACAAUAUUCCAAGUAGCAUCGCCGUAUGUCUCAACAAUGAACCUCAAAAUAUCAACAGUACACUAAGUUUUAUAAGAGACACCAAUUUAUACAAAACCAUUUAACUUUUAUUCUCUGUAUUUUGCUUC